CCUGGUUGUUGGUACCGCGGUCAUGGGUAGACUGCUUCGAGCAUGCUCACACCGCUUCAAAGACCCCAUCGGAAUCAGGGGCAGCGUCGCAGGUUGCUGCGCCUCUUCCAAUGGCAAGACGUCUUGUCCUACCUCGACCCAGCGACUCGGAAUCGAUGGCUAUGGGACCAGCGGAGCACAGAUCCAGGGACACGGAGCAAAUCGGCCUUUGGUGGAUCAGAUCCAAGCAAGGGUGUGACAAUCAUCCUGCUGGGCAUCCAUGUCGAAAGAAUCGAAACGAGUGGUUGGUUUAUGUAAUUUGUGUGGUAGAGAGAUGGAGGGCAGGGCAGCUGUUUUUCUCCUUCGUUGGGAACACCAACCCCGCGUCGAAGUAUCCGAAGCAACAAAAAGGCGACGGCCGGGAACAGAGAGAUCCAGUCCGCUUGGCCACUAGUAGUAGGCCUGCACAAACGCGCCCUUCACACGGCCGUUUCCGCCAAGGGAAUACAGUUUCUGACCGCUACUCUGCCGAAACCCCGGGUUUCGGGACUCUCACAUCUCCAGAUUCAGUGCAACUGCUCCUUUGCGACAUGACUUUGCGAUCCCCCUUCGUGAUGGUCAAGUCGUCAACCCUGAUCCAAGAUCGCCCGCAUGAACCCCUUGUCACGAGACCGUAGGCUCGGAACAGGAAUCAAUCGGCUGUUCCACAUAGAGAGGGUUCGUCCAUUGAGAACUCCCGUAAAAAACCUUAAAUCAGGCGGUGAAGAAGUCUAUCGUCCUUCUCUUGCUUCUCUUGAAG